AUAACAUUCUGGAGUUUGUUCUUCUGGGAAACAUGGCAAUGCUUUGUCCUUGGCCGACCUAGCUCGCUUCCUGACCCUGGUUCGAUCAUACCACUACCGAAAGGCCAAAAACUACUAAAGUCUUUGGUCACUCUAUCACGUAUCAUGGACAAGUGUGUAAAAAAAAUAUAUAGUCCACGGCAUGACUCCCUGUUGCCAGUCUGGAAUGCAGCCAUCGAGAUCCGCCGCGAACUACAUCAGUUUGCAGAGCAACAACUCAAGGACAUGAAGUUUGGUCUUGUUGGAGACCCCAGCACAGGAGAGCUCGGCGUGUGCCAAGCUAUGGUUUCAACAAUGUACCAUCAUACACUCCUAUUAACAUUCCGCCCCUUUCUCAUCUUACGAGCAAAACUAAAUCACGACCGUGCUGCUGCUACUUCAGCAGAGAAUCUACAGAUGCCUCCGCCUUGGCUCGAUAGCGCUUGCGAGUAUUGCUUGGAAGCAGCGAGGAAUUCCGUUGGGUUCUUAACGGGCUCAUGUGCCACUAAUAUUCUCUGUCGUGAUAUCAAGUAUCAUGGCUUCUUUAUGGAGGGAGCAUGCUACGCUUUGGCUUUCGAUAUGCUUCAAGAAAAGAAGACAGCUCACCGCAAUCUGCCCUGGAUUCACUCUGGUCUAAGAUGCCUUCGCUCCAUGAUGGGAUCAGCAGGAGUAAACGCCGGCCAGCUUCCAAUAACAAUCGCCUCAAUAGAGCAGAUGGUCCGAUCUGCCGGGUUUGAACUGAAAGAUCCAGUAGACACGAACCAGCAGAAGCAGCCCCCGCAGUCCACCCUCCCUGGAUCACCAGCACCUGUCUCUGUUGCAGGUGGUAUGAGGAGCGAGCCUGCGUUCACCUUCCCUUCCAUGCCAUUCGGAUUUGAUGUCACUGGUCAGAUGAAUGGGAGUUCGAGCUCUCCUGCUGGCGCUGCAUCAGAAGAUAUGGCAGAUUUCACAGCUGCUGAUGUUGGAUGGGAUAUUGAUUUUGGAACUAUGAAUAUGGAGGCGUUUUUGUCUCUCGACUCGGCAGAGGCUUUCAACUUUGCUCCAUGAGUACACGACUGCAUUCCUGUAUUUUAUCUAAUUGGGUUGAUUUUCUUUGCUGAUGUUACUGGUCAGUCCUUGGGGCGUUUUUAGACGCAUUGUCGCUGUAAAAAGCGCUGGAAGGUGGAAUUGCAUUGGGAUGGCCGGGACCACUACAUAGAUGGAUAAUGACGGGGAGGCUACUGACUGGAAGGACGUUGAGCAUGGAGAGGAGCAUUGAAUUUCUUCAGAUAUACCACUAACUACGAUGUACCCCUGACUCAUGAGAAAGGGCAUCGACUCUUGACAAUAUCACUCGCAUAAGACUAUCAAGCUAUCAAGCUAUCACACUAUCCCUCCCCUUCGAGCUGUUACUCAUUCUGAAGAGCCAAAAUCGCAGACAAGCCUCCAGUGAAGGCCAGAAGCCCCCGAACGAUAUUCAUCCAUCUCCACUUCUCCAACAAAGCCACGACCUCAUCACGGCCGACUUUCUCCUGCUCAACGCUACUAGUAGCAAUAUUGUUGAGUCGAUUGUUUGUGGCCAUCAUCCCAAGCACCGUCCAGGGCAACUGAGACACUGUAGCGACAGCAGCAACUGCCCAGAGUGUACGUUGAGCGGGGACAAGAUAAGCAACUAUUCCAGAAGAUGCACCUGAGAAUAGAGCGAGCGGGACAAGAGUCACCGCCCCGCGGGUGUAGAAGUCCUUGAAGAAGGGUGUAUUGAUGGAGGUAGGCUGGUUGUAGAGAAGAGGGACUGUGAGGUGUGAGGAGCCAAGGUUUAUUCCCGCGAGGACAAGGCUCGAGGUAAGGCCAAAGACUUGAAAGGUUCGUACUGUAGAGUCCAUUUUGAUUGUUUAUUAUGAGUUAUUUUAACAGGUGAGUCUUAACUCUGAAGUUGAAGUGAGGAGAUAUCAAGGCUCUUUGGCUAGUGUGAUAUGUAAGGCCGGCCUCGUUAGGUGCAUGUGGCUUGCUGCAAUAUCCA